GUUCUUACUAACUCAAGUAGGAGGCACUGUUGGUUGAACGGUCGGCAGCCAUUUCGAUUUGUAUUAAGUGCGUGGAGUGGUGAUAGAAAAAUUUCACCGAGUCCGAAAGCUUUGCAUUUAGUAGAUAAAACAUUGGACUGUUGCAAAGACUAGAUAGUUGUUAAGACACAUCGUCACAUAUUUAAAUGUCCAUGGCUUCCACGUGCUACAAUUGCAACCGUCCGGGUCAUUUCGCCCGCGAAUGCAGUUCUGGAGGAGGUGGUGGUGGAGGAGGUGGCGGUGGUGGCCGCGGAGGUGGUGGUGGUGGCCGUGAUAUGAGACGUGGUCACUACCGCGAGAAGUGCUUCAAGUGUAACCAGUUUGGUCAUUUUGCUCGCAGUUGCCCCGAAACAUCGGAGCGUUGCUAUCGCUGCAAUGAUAUUGGUCACAUUUCUAAGGAUUGCUCACAACCAGACAACCCGACUUGCUUUAAGUGUAACAAGAUUGGCCACUGGGCGCGCAACUGUCCCGACGCAUCAAAUGACCGUGGAUCGAGUAACAUUUCAUGCUAUAAGUGCAACCGCACUGGACACAUUUCUAAAAAUUGUCCGGAUACUGCUAAGACAUGCUACGGCUGCGGCAAAAGCGGUCACUUGAGACGUGAGUGCGAAGAAAAAGGGAGUCGUAACUAGGAUGCGGCCAACAACUUCAAGUCCUCCCUUUUUCAACUCACCGAAUCGACACAUUAAAAAAACUUAAUAUUAAAAUAAAAUCCCAAACUCUGAAGACAAAAAUGCCAUCCUUGAAUUCCAAGCUGGGCCAACACUAGUGGUCUGGCGAAUAUAUAUCGAUAUUCCCAACAUCCUCAAAUUAUACAUACAAUAUACAUAUACCCUUGGAAAUUAACAGUUUCAAUUUUGGACAUACUAUCCCAACAAUUAAAUCAACUGAAAAAAUAAAAAUGAAGCAAAUGUUUAAAAAAAAAAUCUAAAUGUUUGAGAAUCGCUGUGAACAAAUCUCGAAGAAGCAUCUCUUCACCUUAACCCACAAGAUGGACUUGUUUCAACUAUUAUAAAACAAUGGAUACGAUGAAUUGCCAGAUGAAGUGAUGGAAUCCCGAGUAACAAAGCAACCAUCUCAGAAGUGAACUAAGUUAUUUACUUUCAAAUUUAUAUAAAAAAAACUACAAAAAUUCAAAUAUCACUGUGAUUGUUUUUUAAUUGUAAAUUAAAAUACUGGAGCUGCUGAUUUGAGAACAUA